CUGAGGAUGACAAGCUGCUGUCCGAGCCCCUCAGCCACCCUGACUUCUUCAACGUGAAGGAGCUCUUCUCCCUGAAAGAUCUCUUUGAUGCCCGGGUGCACUUGGGGCACAAAAAGGGAUGUCGGCAUAGGUUCAUGGAGCCAUACAUCUUUGGCUGCCGCCUGGAUCAGGACAUCAUCGACUUGGAUCAGACAAUGCAGCACCUCCAGCGUGCCGAGGUCACGUCGGGGGAGUGUGGGGAGUACGCCCACACCCGCUACUGGCAGGGCGGCCUGCUUACCAAUGCCCACAUCCAGUUCGGGUCUGGUGUCCGCCUGCCCGACCUCCUCGUCUUCCUCAGCAGCCUCAACAACGCCUUUCAGCCCCACGUGGCCAUCCGGGAUGCUGCCAAGAUGAACAUCCCCACGGUGGGGGUGGUGGACACGAACUGCAACCCCUGCUUGAUCACUUACCCCAUCCCCGGGAACGACGACAGCCCCACCGCCAUGGAGCUCUACUGCAAGCUCUUCAGGAUGACCAUCAUCCGUGCCAAGGACAAGAGGCGGCAGAGUGAGGUCUUUGACGAGCUGCGGAGCAAAGCGGAGGGCAAUUAG